AUGCAUUUUAUAAUAAUUGUUCAAAACGUAUGUAAUGAUCGUAUCCAAUUAUCAGUUCAGGAAUAUAAUUCAUCAAACAACAAGAAUGUUGAAUUGAAUGGUGAUUUUGGUCCAUCGAUAUCCAACACUUCAACAACAACAACAACUGUAUCAAUCAAGAUUAAUAAUACAAUCGAGUGUGUUGUUGAAUCAGUAUCACAAUUCCAUUUCAAUUGUACACUUGAUCAACAACCAUCAUUUGGAUUGGCUUCUGUUCAACUGAAAUUGAAUAAUCAUUUAAAUACAUUGGCUAGAAAUAUAUUAAAUCUUCAAAUCACCACCAACCACAACAACCAUCUGAUGAUGGAAUAUCAAAAUCAGAAUGUGAGCUCGAAUACAUUUAAUUGUUAUGGUCAUGGAUAUUGUGAUGAUAGUGGCAAAUGUCAAUGCCAGAAUGGUUACAGUGAUAUUGAUAAUUGUUUGACAAAAUACAUCAACAGAACAAUCACACCAAAUACAACCGACCCAACAGUAUCAUUUGAUGUUGAUGGACUUGAUUUUGAUUUUCUAUUUGAAAUUGAUUCAUUUCAAGAAUUGGAUUUAGAUGAUAAAGUCGCAGAAUCUAAUUGGAAGAUCAUUGUGAUUGCCGUUUGUGUAUCAUUUGUGGUGAUAUCUAUUAUAUUAAUAGCAGCCAAAGUAUUAAAGAAGAAGGUACAAUUUAAAUUUGCAAAUAGAUUCAACAAAUGUUUUAAAAGUCAAAGCAACAAAAUGUCUCCUAUCGCAAAAGCCAACACCCAAGAACAAUAA